AUGGGAAUACGUUUUUUGACGACAAUACUCCUUUCACAUGUCGUGGGUAUUGCUUCCUAUACGUUACUGGAUCAAUACUAUGAACGGCUCACACGAGACAAUCCGCAGACAUCAUUCAACCCACUGAAUCAAGCACAAUUGAUUGAAGAAGAUACGUCAGAAUUUACUGAUGAAUCACCGGGAAAAUCUAUUGGUUUUAUGGUGGCACCGGUUGAAAUAACCAAUCCACUUUUCAAUCUCAUUUCGAAGGCAGGGCAAUUUUACCGGUAUCUUCAAUCUGGAAGACAAUGA